AUGGAUGGAAGGCCCGCCUACGAGAGGACUCUUACAGAGUCCGAGCUGCUUGAGCAGCUCCCGAAUGAGAUCUCAAGUCUCAUUCGGUCUGCCUCGGGGACUCGGCAGCUUCACGCGCUUGCUCUUGGAGCAUUAAACAGUGAAUUCACAGAAAGUAUUUUCCGACUUUACGAACCGAUCGUGGUCGAUCUCGCAGCUCGAUGGCUUCGAUCGGAUCUCAAUGCCGACCCUAUCCAUGUCCUGGCGGCAUUUGCCCGCAUCCUACCUUUCGCGGCAUACCUCCGACCUUUCGCCAGCCAAUAUGCCUCGUCACAGGCUGGAAGCCUCUCUGCUCUAGUUGGGUCAAAAGAGUUGACGUUACGGCAGUUGGACCUAAAUGAUACCCGUACAUUACUCCUCGCCCUAUUCCGACUGCUGUCAUUUGAUUUGGACACCUUCGCCAAAGCCGUGUCACCGAUUCAACUCCAAUCUCUGUUCCCCCACGAAGACCAAGUAAUCCGAUACCUUGCGGUCCGAUGCUUUGCCCUCUAUAUGCAUGCUGCCGAUGCAGCUACCCAAAAUAUGCUGCGCGCCAAUACCGGCGUUGACCCAAUUGAAGGGAGUUGGGAAGGGAUCACAAUUGAUUUCCGACUUUUGGGGUUGUGGGAGGAACGGCGAUGGGAAACCCUGGAGAGGCAUAUCCAACAGAAGAACGUGACACGGUCAGAGAGCGAAGCAAUGGCACUGGUUGAUAGAACCCGAGGCUCUCUCACAGCUAGGUCUGCUGAUGUUUCCGGCGUCUUGAUUCCUCGACUGAAGGACGCCGACUCAUUCUCCUCUUCUAUUGUGAAGACCCCCACCACGACGGCAAACAUUCGCCGCAUUGCGCGGUCUCUUCUUGGGUUCAAGCCUAUCCUGUUGGUCGGUUUACCCAACUCCGGCAAAACCUCUCUGAUCAACGACAUUGCCGGUGUAAUGGGCCAGGCCGAGUCGAUGGUCACGCUGCAUCUCAACGAGCAGACAGAUGCCAAAAGUCUGCUCGGAAUGUACGCGACGUCGUCUGCCACAGGUUCUUUCUCCUGGCAGCCCGGUGUGCUCACAAAGGCUGCACGAGAAGGUCGUUGGGUUUUGAUUGAAGACCUCGACCGUGCUCCAUCCGAAGUCCUCGGUCUAAUCCUCCCGAUUAUUGAGCGAGGAGAACUGACAAUUGCGAGCCGGAGGGAGCGGAUAAAGUGCGCCGAGGGGUUCAAGAUUAUCGCCACUAUGAAAUCUUCAUAUAAUAUUGCAGGAGAGGAAGUUGCCCCAAGCACCUCGAUGCUCGGCAGUCGUCUGUGGCAAAGAGUUCCCGUGGCUUCUCUCUCUGUCGACGAGAUGCGAGAUGUAAUUCUGCAAAAAUUUCCUCUUCUGGAGUCUCGUGUGCCAAUUAUCAUGGAAGUAUACAGGAGGGUUUGCUCUGCUUUCCAUGGAAGCUUGGCGAUCAAGGGUUCCCAAGGCCGGACGCCGGGCUUCCGUGAUCUAAUCAAGCUUUGCAGCCGACUGCAUCGGCGACUACAACUCAUUGGUGCAAAGACCGGCUUUGAAGCUACCCCGGAAGGUGUCGACGAUGAGAUCCUCUUAGAUGUUGUGGACAUUUUCCUCAAGUAUCUUCCUGAGAAGUCUAUGCAAAGCUCUCUCGCUUCUGUGGUUGCGGAGGCUCUCCAAAUCUCGCCCCAGCGUGCACAAUUCUGCCUUGAGGAACGUACGCCAAACUAUAACGAUAAGAACAACUCUUUAGUGCUUGGACGAGAGGUUUUGCAGAAAAUCAAAGUGCCAAGCGGUGCGGCACAGAAGCUCGCUGCUGCGGCGUCACGAUUUGCUUCGACAAGAUCAGCGCUUUCUAUUAUGGAGCAAGUCGCUGCCGCAGUGCAAAUGGCGGAACCUGUCCUCCUUGUUGGAGAGACUGGUAUUGGCAAAACCACUGUGAUUCAGCAACUUGCUACCUUGAUGCGCCAGAAGCUCACUGUCGUCAACCUGUCACAACAAUCAGAGAGCACUGAUCUUCUGGGAGGAUUCAAACCCGUCAGUAUUCGCACAAUGGCGGUGCCGAUGCUUGACGAGUUUACUCAGCUGUUCGAAUUGACCUUCUCAGCGAAAAAGAAUCAGAAAUUCCUUUCCUCCGUGUCCAAGAGUGUCGCUUCAGGAAAUUGGGUGCGUCUGGUUAAUCUUUGGCACGAGGCUGUCCGGUUGGCCAACGGAGUCUUCAAUCCCGCGCGCAACAGCUUGAAAGAGACCGAGAAUGGCGAUGAGCAACAGCCAGCCAAGAAGAGAAAGUUGGACUCCCCCAAAUAUCAACACUUGCGACAGCAAUGGGAGAGAUUCGAGGCUCAACUUGCGGAUUUCGAAGCCCAGGUCUCCCAGGGCGAUGCGAAAUUCGCGUUUGCCUUUGUGCAUGGAAAAAUUGUCCGAGCCUUGAGGAACGGCGAAUGGGUUUUGCUGGACGAAGUGAACUUGGCCUCCCCCGAUACUCUUGAGAAUAUUGCCAGUCUCUUGCACCACGGCGGCGAGGGCUCGCCUUCUGUCCUUCUCUCUGAGGCUGGUGACGUGGAGCGAGUGUUCGGCCAUCCUGACUUCCGUAUCUUUGGUGCUAUGAAUCCUGCAACCGACGCCGGCAAACGUGAUUUGCCUCCUGGCCUGCGUUCUCGAUUCACCGAAUUCUAUGUUCACUCCCCCGACACCGACCUGGAUGAUCUCUUGGCUUUGAUUGAGAAGUAUCUUGGUACCUUGACAAUGGGCGACCCACGUGCCGCACCCGAUCUUGCGCAGCUGUAUAUGGAGACCAAGAAGCUGAGCAACGAGAACAAGCUCACAGAUGGAGCCGGACAGCGACCACAUUUCAGUAUUCGAACUCUUGUUCGAGCCUUGAUCUAUGUGAUUGAUCACGCACAUGUAUACGGCCUGCGUCGAGCGAUCUUUGAGGGAUUCAGCAUGAGUUUCUUGACCGUGCUGGGCCUGGAAUCCGAACGAUCUCUUGUCCCGUUGCUGGAAAAGCACAUCUUCGAAAAUGCAAAGAACGCCAAAUCGUUACUUGGACGAACCCCCAGACCUCCCGAGGAUGGCCUCGACUAUGUUCAAUUCAAGCACUAUUGGAUGCGUCGUGGUCCUUUGGUCCCAGAGGAGCAGCCCCAUUAUAUCAUUACUCCUUUCAUUGAGAAGAAUCUCAAAAAUUUGGUCCGCGCCAGCUCUACACGUCGCUUCCCUGUCUUGCUACAAGGUCCUACCUCAGCAGGAAAGACAAGUAUGAUUGAAUAUCUGGCAAAGGUCUCCGGCAACAAAUUUGUUCGUAUCAACAACCAUGAACAUACAGACCUGCAAGAGUACCUAGGAUCCUAUAUUUCAUCUGAAGAUGGGAGCUUGCGGUACCAGGAAGGUGUCUUGGUGGAGGCUCUGCGAAAUGGGUAUUGGAUCGUCCUUGAUGAGCUGAACUUGGCCCCCUCCGAUGUCCUUGAGGCGCUGAAUCGUCUUUUGGAUGAUAAUCGGGAGCUCUUCAUCCCUGAGACCCAGGAAGUGGUUCACCCUCAUCCUAACUUUAUGCUCUUCGCUACACAAAAUCCUGCUGGUCUGUAUGGUGGUCGAAAGGUUCUCUCUCGUGCGUUCCGAAAUCGUUUCCUUGAGCUCCACUUUGAUGACAUUCCGGAGAGCGAGCUGGAGUUCAUCCUCAAAGAGCGUUCUCAGAUUGCCCCCUCAUUCUGCACACGAAUCGUCUCGGUCUAUCGCAAGCUUUCUCUGCUCCGUCAGUCCAACCGACUGUUUGAGCAGAAGAACAGCUUCGCUACUCUCCGUGAUUUGUUCCGUUGGGCCCUUCGCGAUGCCGAUGACCGCGAACAAUUGGCAGUAAAUGGCUAUAUGCUCCUUGGGGAGCGUGUUCGCAACCCCCAAGAGAAAGCUGCCGUGAAAAGCGUGAUUGAAGAGGUCAUGAAGGUUCGUUUGGACGAAGACGUGCUUUACAGCGAGUCACAGCUUGAGCAGAGUGUUCCCCAGAUGGCUGGGCUACCCUCUGGCAUUGUUUGGACCAAGGCUAUGAGGCGCCUUUUCAUUCUCGUCUCCAAGGCUCUCAAAAACAACGAGCCGGUUCUUCUCGUUGGAGAGACUGGAUGUGGUAAAACACAGCUCUGUCAGGCCGUAGCUGAGGCCUUCAAGCGCGAGUUGUUCAUUGUAAACGCCCAUGUCAAUCUCGAGACGGGUGAUCUUAUCGGUGCUCAAAGGCCCAUCCGAAAUCGUGCAGCAAUUGAGAAGCAAAUUUUCGAAGAUCUGCAAUUGUUUAUUCAUGGGCAGCCAUCAACAAGCUUGUCACUCGAACAGUUGAAGCAGGAGUUAUCAACUCUCGAUGUUCAGCAAAGACAAGACAAAGAUCAAGACCUUUUGCGCCGCAUCGAGAAGAACAUCAUUCGAUGCAACGCGCUCUUUGAGUGGUCCGACGGAAGUCUCAUUACUGCCAUGAAGACUGGCCAGUUCUUCCUGCUUGACGAAAUUUCCCUUGCUGACGAUUCAGUUCUGGAGCGACUGAAUAGUGUGCUGGAGCCUCAUCGAUCAAUUCUCUUAGCCGAGAAGGGUCCAAUUGACUCCAUGGUCGUGGCCGACGGAGGGUUCCAAUUUUUGUCAACCAUGAACCCUGGAGGUGACUACGGUAAACGAGAGCUUUCAGCUGCUCUCCGAAACCGCAUGACAGAAAUCUGGGCUCCUCAACUUUCUGAAGACGAGGAUAUUCUCCCUAUCCUGCAAAUGAGGUUGACCCUCAAGGAUGAGAAUAUGGCAAGGUCGAUGCUUCGGUUUGCGAAAUGGUUCAAGGCUACUUUCCAGAACACUUCAACUACCUCCCUUUCUCUCCGUGAUCUUCUUGCCUGGGUUGACUUUGUGAACACCUGCCAAAGUGAGGAUACAUUGUUCGCUAUCGUCCAAGGUGCAGCCAUGGUCUUUAUCGAUACUCUCGGUGCCAAUCCAGCCGCAAUGCUUGCAAUUUCUUUGAAUAAUCUCGAUGGCAAUCGACAGAAGUGCCUGGACAAACUGGGUGAAUUAUUCAGUGUUGAUGCCUCUAAGAUUUACUGGCAAUCUUCGACGGUCUCCCUUGAGCCCGGUUUCCUGCAGGUCGGUCCGUUUUCUCUGCCAACCGUUGGGGAGACCGAUCCUGAUCCGCAAUUCACCAUGGAUGCACCGACCACAAUUGCCAACUCUGUGAGAAUCGCCCGUGGUUUGCAAUCUUCUAAACCCAUCCUCAUGGAGGGUAGUCCUGGUGUUGGUAAAACCACACUCGUGACAGCACUCGCCAAAGCUCUUGGCAAGCCCCUGACUCGAAUCAACCUUUCAGAGCAGACAGAUCUCACAGAUCUCUUCGGAUCAGACGUCCCUGUCGAAGGAGGCGAUGUUGGACAAUUCACUUGGCGCGACGCUCCGUUCCUGCGAGCGAUGCAGCGUGGCGAUUGGGUUCUUCUGGACGAAAUGAACUUGGCCUCGCAGUCCGUCCUCGAAGGUCUCAACUCUUGUCUGGACCAUCGUCAGCAGGUCUACAUUGCCGAACUUGACCAGACUUUUAAACGUCACCCAGACUUUGUCCUAUUUGCUGCUCAAAACCCCCACCACCAGGGAGGUGGCAGAAAGGGUCUUCCUGCAUCUUUCGUCAAUCGUUUCACUGUUGUCUAUGCAGACAGCUUUACCGAUGCAGAUUUGAAAACGAUCUGCACGAAGCUCUUCCCCGGAAGUCCCCGUUCACAGACCGAAAGGCUGGUUGACUUCAUCUCCAGCCUCAACACAGCGAUUGUCACCGAACGCAGACUUGGAGCUAUCGGUGGCCCAUGGGAGGUCAACCUGCGAGACAUUCAGCGAUGGCUCCAGUUGGCCGACCGGGGAGAUUUGCAGAUUCCAACCAAGCACUUCCUGGACAUUGUCAUCAGCCAAAGGUUCAGAAGUCAAGAUGAUCGCGCGCAAGUUGCUCAAAUCUACGACCGCAUUUUCAAAGAUUCAGAGAUUGGCCAGAAGAGCUACUUCCACAACCUGACCCCGGAUUACCUACAGGUUGGCCUGGGUAUUUUGACUCGAGACCCCCUGUUACAACGCUCGCUUGCACCGCACAUGAAAAUUCUCCCCAAUGAUCUUCAUAUUCUCGAGUCUCUUAUCCUAUGUAUUGACAACUCCUGGCCCAGUAUUCUCGUUGGUCCUGCUGGCUGUGGUAAGACAACCUUGAUCAAGAAGCUCGCAGCUAUCAAUGGUGCAAACCUGGAGGAGCUCGCUCUGAGCGCCGACACCGACACCAUGGACUUGAUUGGUGGCUUUGAGCAGAUUGAUCAUCGAAGAGAGGUCGCCUCUUUCAUCCAUGAUGUCGAGAUCUUCCUACGAAACCAGAUCAUUCAUUCGUUCGCGUCUGGUAACGUCUCCGAGUCUGUGGCCCUGGCUCUCCAGAUUUGCCAACAUUUCCAAAGCCCAGAAACCUCGCUGGAAACCGUGGUCUCAUCACUGUCAGAUCUUUGCCAGUCGUUCUCUGAUCCAACCCUGCAACAAUUCCUUGAGAGAGCGCAGAGUCUGUUGGAUACCAUCCGUAAUUCCGAUAAGAUGAAGGUUGGCUUUGAGUGGACUGAGGGUGUUCUGACACGGGCUGUUCAGAAUGGAUCCUGGGUCAUUCUUGACAACGCCAAUCUCUGCAACCCGUCUGUUCUGGACAGAUUGAACUCUUUGACAGAGCCCAACGGAACACUUAUUCUCAAUGAACAACGAACCGAGGAUGGAUCCGCUCGCAUCAUUACUCCCCACCCUAACUUCCGCCUCUUUAUGACCAUGGACCCUCGCCAUGGAGAGCUGUCUCGUGCUAUGCGUAACCGAUGCAUUGAGAUCUGCUUCAUGCCAAGCGAAGGACAAGAGUUUUCUACCUCGACAGGUCCCUCCUAUACAUGCGACUCUGCACUCUAUCGACUUCGUCAUGUCUGGAGUUCAAACAAAGCAUUGCCAUCUGAAUCCUCCACGGAAGACUCGUUAGACGUCUGCUUGGACCAUCUCUCCCCUGCAGAUCUCAUCUACCUUCAAAAGUCUCCAGGUACAUUCUUGCCUAAUCAUGCUGAAUCCAAUGCUGAGAGACUUGCCGCGUCCAACACCUUGCAACGCUACAUUUUAACGCUCCAGGAAAAUAACCAGUGGAGACCUCUCAACUUCGUCGCUGGCGAGAUCAUCAUGGCAGGAGCAUCUCUCAGCAUUACGGGCGGACUCCAGCCAAUUCACCCUCUUGUCAACGAGCCCCUCCUGUCAGUGACUGGAGGCAGCGAUUACCGCUCUAGUAUUGUUGUCUUGGCCUACCUUCAAGAGUUUAGGCUCGAGGUUCAUCGUUUAAAACAAUGUUUGGUCCACUCCAAUGACUCUGCAAACCAACUCAAGCCAAGCCAAAUGACACGACUGGAGCGUUCCUUGGCUUCCAGCCGGAUCCAAUCUUUGAUGAAAGACACAACUCAGCCUGUCGGCAGCUUCCUGUCUGAUUGCGGUCAAGCAUUGUACGAUUAUAUUCAGAGCUUGAACGAAGCCAGCCUUGGCUCACCAGAGAUUAUGGCUGCUCUAAGAACGAUCAUCUGCCUCUGCUGGGACAUCUACAAAGCGACUGAUGUGACUCAAGUCAACGAGGGUGAAUUCCAAAUUUACCUGCAGAUUGGAAGAAAGGUCUGUGCAUCUCUACUUGAAUCAUCUCCGUCAUUGAAGCCCCUGGAAAGAGCACUCUCAAAUGCCCUUGCUCGCUUCCAAGCUGGGUGGGCGUUGACUACAGGUCUCAGCAUGCAACGAAUCUGGGAUUCCUGGAGGCAUGUUACACCUUCAUCGCAAGAGCAAUUGAAGUCUCUGAUCGAACUGGAGACCACCGUGUCUGACUUCACCAACUUGGCGUUGCAGACACGCGUUGAGGUUUCUCAGCUGAGCAGUGUGUGGAACUCAUUGAUUGAUGCGCAAAGAUUCAUCCUGCUGGACGGUGCAGACGGAGAUCUACUUCUCGAGGGCAUUAAGCAGACGGUGGCCGAGCUUGGUCAGGCUGUCCGCCGCUCUGAUUCUGCCCAGUAUCCCUAUUUCUCGCAGGAGUUUGAAGCGAUAUGCCAGUAUCAUGAUAUCUCGUCGUUUGGCGCCGAGAAGGCCGUUCAGACAGUGGUGCCCUUGCUUGCUGGUCGCCGUGCACGCUCGCUUGACUCCUCAGCUACCAAAAUUCGGGUUCCGGAGUUGCUCCACAGACUUGCCCUGUUUUCUGGCGCAGGAAAGAAUUCUAGCUCUCCACUGGCCAUUGGUGGGGUUCUCUCGCUAUCCCUGCUGGACCGUUUGACAUCCGUCGGUGCCACUACAUUGGGUCAAAUGGAUCUGCUUCAGGCAGAGAAGGAAGCGCUUUCAAAGGCUCUCUCAAUGAGUAGCAGACAAGUCGCGACAGAACAGUCUAGCGUCCUCAGCCGUGCACUUGCAGCUCUGACAGCCGAGCUGGUCUCUUGCCACAGUGAACUCCUGGAUGCCGAGUCUGCUGGACAUCUUGUCUCGCUUCUUCGAUCCAUUGAAUCAGGAAACGCUAUUGAGGAUGGGGCACUUAUUGCCACCGCGCUCGACUCAGGCCUCGGAGAUGACCACUACUUCAAGAACCUAGCUCAGAAGGCUUUGCCAGCCCUCGUUUCCUCGCUAGUUGCGGUCUCCAAUGGUGAGAAUGCUGUCCGAUUUACUGGGCUCGCAACAGUACAGCUAGCAGUCAUCCUCCUCCGCCUCUUUGUCCCAGACAAGGCCUUUGAUCCUUCGCUUGGUCUCGUUGUCCAACGCAAGCGACACUAUCAACGCCUUGAUGAGAUCAGUGCGAAAUCCAAUGCUAUCCUUGCUUUCGAGAGCACAUUCUCUGGUCAGCCAUCCAACCUGCGCUCCAUUCUUCUGCAAGAGGAGAUUCAGGAAUUGGGAUCUGCCCCACCUCCUUCAUCUGUGACUCGCCCGGAGCAAUCUGAACUGAGUCUGUUACAUGGAGAGUUCAUGAACUUGAUCAACUCUGUCCUCAACCGAAAUCCCGAAGCGAUGGUUGAUUCACCUGAAAGCAUUUCAGAAUCCCGGGAAAUGAUUCAGCUUCUACGUGAUAACAUCGCCCAGCUCACCAUUCGCCUCAGCACAUAUUAUCGAUCCUACGACGACAUUACUGUGCCGGUCGUGCGCUUCCUCCAGCUUCUCGAUGUUGGUCUGUUCCUGGCCUCAAGCGAAGGCGAUCACUCCGGCAAUUCCCGAGAUAUCCAGUCUCUGAGCAACCGCACACCCUUCUUGGGAGGUACUCUUCAUCCUGUUCUUUCUGACAGCAGCACGAUUCCUCCAUACAACCAAAGCAAUGCCGUCGAGAUGCGACUCCACGAAUUGUCUGCCCUCUGGACAGCCAAGGACGCUGAUCCUACCAUGCUUGACAUGAAGUCUGGCCGUGAGACCAUUCGCCGCAUUUUCUCUGACUUCCACUACUUGUGGAAGACGCAGCUCAGAGAGGAUCAGGAGAAGGAAGCAGAGAAGUCCGAGCUUUACCGCUACCGAGGCUCGUGGGAAGAUGAAGAGGAGAUCAACGAAGCUGAGCUUCAUCAGCUCUUCCCUACUUACGACGAAGGAGCUUCUGAAAGCCAAGAAGUCGGCCGAGUUGAUCCUCGCAUGAUUGCCGUGCGACUCUCAGCUCUCCAUGCUAAGAUUGUCGGUGCUCACCGCACCGGCGAGGCUCUUCCUACUUUUGUCAAGGAAUCAGGCCGCCUCUUGGGAUCGAUGUGGUCUUCAAACAAGAGUUCCUUUGCGCCAGUGUCACCCCAACACCAUCUUCCCGCUGUCUUCCUACUCCUUGAAGAUGUCAUGGGCGAGGGAUCUCAAGAUAAUAAGAAGAAAUACAACUUCUAUACCGAUUCCAACCUUGGUGAAGCAAGAAAGCUUGUCGAUCUUACGCUUUCAGUUCAAUCUCGGUUCGCGCAGAUCCAGACUGCCUGGCCAGAGCACGCCGUUCUUCAAGACGUCAUUACCUGCUGUUCAGAGAUCCUCCAGUUCAAGCACACCGAACCUGUUGCCAAAUUCUUGACUAAGCUUGAGAAGCUUCAUUCCUUUGUUCAUGAAUGGCAGCUUGUUGCUAGCAGGGAAUACUCAGCGGCCCCCUUGUAUGACGAGAUCACGGCCAUGACCAUCGGCUGGCGUCGCCUCGAACUGUCUACAUGGGCGAAGCUCUUGGAUCUCGAAAGAGAGCGAUGCGACGAAAACGUUAGCUCCUGGUGGUUCGUUGCAUACGAGGCUCUUCUGGCCGUGCCGCUGCAGAUGGCAGAGUCUGGCGAACAAGACAUGAGUGAGCACAUUCAGGGUGUCAUUGCAACCCUAGAACAAUUCUUUAAAUCCACCUCUCUCGGUCAAUUCACUCGUCGCCUGCAGCUCGUUUCCGAUUUCCAGGCACUGCUCGUGGCAUUCGUCAAUGACCAUCCUUGUCUCGCGCCGCUUGUGUCUGCACUUAGCAAUUUCCUGUCCCACUUCCGGCCCUUUGAGCCGUCGGUUGACAAGAUUCUACAGGAAAAGAGAUCAGCCCUGGAGAAGGACAUUAAGGAGCAGAUUCUAUUGGCAAGCUGGAAGGACACCAACAUCGUUGCCUUGAAGGAGAGUGCUAGAAGGUCUCACGUCAAGUUGUUCAAGCUUGUUCGCAAGUACCGUGCGGCUCUCGCGCAGCCCAUCCAGCCGGUCCUUGAACAAGGCCUUCCUGAAUCUGGAGAUUCUGCCAGCGAAUUGCGCAUCGAGGAGAAGUCUCUACCAACCGCAUUGUACCCUGAAGUCUUGUCCAUUUGUCAGUCAAACAAGAAGCUGUGGUCAUCCAGAGCUCUCCGAUUCCAGAACCCGGAUGGCACAGCUCGCAACAUGAUGAAUCUCUAUUCUUCCAUUCCGCCCGAGUUUGACAUUGCCACGGACCUCGACGGUUUCACAGUCUCUAUCAUUGAGGCCAUCAACGAGUUCAAGUCGUCGACCCCGAAGACUCUGACGGAGGAGAACAAGGAGGAUGUCCAGCACCUCAAGGUACAGAAGCGUCGUCUAUUUGCUGAUACCCUGAAGCGCCUCUUUGAGAUGGGUGUUAAGCGGAAUGCCGGCACAAACCUGAUUGAAGCUCAAGUUUCCCUUGCCCAGGUACUCUCCACCAGCGCUGCCUUUGAAUCUAGUGCCGCAGCCCAAGCGUCAGUUCAGAGUGCCGAUUCCUACUUCCAUAGGCUUCUUGAUCUUGUUCCCCGUGCUCGCUUGGCCACGCGCAAUUACUCUGAUGAGCUCAGCAAUGUCGAAGUUUCCCGCAGUAUGGGCUCUAUUGAGUACCUUUUGUUCAUCAUUCGACGCCAGAGAGGUGCUCUUGCUCCAGCACUCUCUGACCUGGGAGCUCUCAAGUCUACUCUGGAUAAGGCACGGCACUUGUGGACUAUCGGCUCAGACUUGCUCAUCAAGGCUGGCGCCUCUGCCAGCGAGGAACUUCUUGGUCUGACCCGAAUCGUCGCCUGGUUGAGCCCAAUCCUUGGACUUGCAUCAACGAUCAUUGAAGUGCACUCCAGGUUUUCGGGCAUCCCUGUAUCCUCCCUUUCCCAGGAGCUGAAAUCUAGAAAGGCUGCAAUCGACGACCUUCGCCAGUCCCUGCUGUCACAUCCUUCCCUGCCAUCUGGAAUUACCUCCACGAUCCAGAAAGAGCUCAUUCAGCGCACAUGGUCAUCGCUCGCUCAGCUCGAGACUGACCUGAAGACAUGGAUUCAGGACCGCCCUGACCUUUCAUUCGCUUUGGAACAUAUUACUCCAUGGCUUCAGACCAGCAGUGUUCCCCCAGCUGGCCUGCUUGGAAAGGGCACCGUGUCAAUUCAAAGCUUUGAUGACAGUCUUUUGUCUGCAGUUGACAAGAUGCUUGUUGGCCUGCAGCAAUUGAAGGAUGUUCCCACUGCGAUCACCUUUGAUGGUCUCAUGUCACGAAGUGAUGAGUUCUUCUCUCGGGCAUCCAGGGCAGUCCAUCUCAAUGAGAUCACAUCGUCGCUGGCGGACGUUCUCGACAAGCUGCAACAUUUGCAGGACAAGUCCUCCGGCGCCCUUCCCAUGGCUGCCGCUUUGGUUGCCAGUAUCCUGCCCAUUGCCACCAAGUACUACCAAAUCUGCCAGGAUCUGACCGAUCGUUUCAUCUCGGUUCACCGAGAGAUUUGCAAGACUUCUUAUAUCUUGACCAAGACCUUCACUCAAGUAGCAGCCGAAGGAUUCUGCAGCCCUGCUGAAGCGUCCCAGGACGAAGGCAAAGAAGGCAAGAUGGAGAGCGGAACUGGUCUUGGCGAUGGCGAAGGUGCAGAGGACAUUAGCAAGGACGUCGGAGAUGAUGAGGAUCUCUCGGAGCUCGCGCAACAAGCACAAAAGGAGGAUGCCGAGAAAGACGAGAUGGAGGACUCGGCUGAUGCUGUCAAUAUGGACCAAGAGGAAUUAGAAGGUGAAACCGGCGACCACAAGGAAGAAGAAGGCGAUGAAGAAGAUAAGGACGACAAGGAUGAUGACGAAGAGGACGACAUUGAUGAAGAAGUCGGCAGUGUCGAUGACCUCGACUCUGGUGCUGUCGACGAGAAGCUAUGGGAUGGAGCCAACGAUGAACAGCAGAAGGAGACCGAGAACGAAGAAGGAAAGGGCCAGGCCGAGGACGAACAACAGGCUGCUGCACAAGAGCAGAAGAAGGAUGGAGAAGAAGGCCCCAAGGGCGAGGAAGAGGAGGGAGAUGAAGACGAUGACGAGGAAGAAGCCCCUGAUGACGAGGGCGAGGCUAUUGGCCGCGAAGACAUGGAAGUCACUGAUCCUCAGACCAAGGAGGAAGAGACAUUAGAUCUUCCAGACGAGAUGCAGUUGGACGGUGAUGAUAAAGGAGAUGGUGAUGAAGGCGAGGAUGACGAUGGCAUGGAUGAACUCGAUGACAUGGGUCCUCUCCCCGAUGAAGAGCAAAAGGCCGACGAGCAAGAUGAUCAGGCUGGUGAUGAGGAUGUCGAUAUGGCAGCCGACGACCAGGUUCCUGGUGAGGAUGAAGAGAUGGGCGACGAGGGAGAAGAGACCAACGAAGGCGAAGGACAAGAAGAGGAGAAUGAAGCUGGCGGUGAGGAUGCGGAAGAGCUAGAACAGGACGAGUUCCUUGCUCAGCGCGAUGAUAAUGAAGCCGCCGGUGACGAAGUUGCUCCUAGCGAUGCCGUCAACGGUGGUCUUGCUGCCGACCAAGAUCAGAACGAGGACAAGGGUGCCUCAGGUGAUGCCCAGCAAGAGAGUGGUUCCAGCGAUCCCAACGCCAACGCCGAGCAACAGACUGGUGCUGCAAAGGAUAGCGAGGAGAGCAAGCGCAGUCGAGAUUCCGGUGGUGCCGAAGACUCUGCCCCAAAUGAGCCUCAGAUGCAAGCCUUCAAGAAGCUCGGAGACAUCCUUGAGCAAUGGCACCGCCGCCAGAAAGAGGUGCUCAAUCCGUCACAAGAGGAAGAGGAAUCUCAACCUCUUCCUCAAGAUACCGACAUGGCGGAUGCCGAUUUCGAGCAUCUCAAGCAUGACGACGACGUAGCCGACACACAGGCUCUCGGCCAGGCAAACGAAGACCAAGCCAAGGGUCUUGACCAAAACAAGGGCGUCGAGUCUGAGAACCAGCCUGGAGAAAACGAAGCUCUCCCUGAUAUCUCGGAUGAGCUCCAAGACGCUCUGGACAACCAGCUCCAAGACGAGAUGCAGAUCGACCGCGAAGCCGCUCCCACCGAUGGCCAAGCUCCCGGGGCUUUCAUCCCAGGUGAUCGUACAUCAGCAGACCACGCCGACGGCGCUCCUGGUGCCGAAGAUGUGAACGAAGAACUGGAUGAAGUCGACUCGCAACUCGCGGCCAUCCACCUCUCAUCCACCCUCCCACCCCUGACCCCCGAACCCGAAGCCCGUCGUCUCUGGUCCCACUAUGAAAAUGCCACCAACGACCUCUCCCUCUCUCUCACCGAACAACUCCGUCUCAUCCUGGCACCCACAAUGGCCACCAAACUCCGCGGUGACUUCCGCACCGGCAAGCGUCUCAACAUCAAGCGCAUCAUCCCCUACAUUGCCUCCCAGUACAAGCGCGACAAGAUCUGGAUGCGUCGCUCCAUCCCCUCCAAGCGCAACUACCAAAUCAUGCUUGCCGUCGACGACAGCAAGUCCAUGCUGGAGAGUGGCUCUGGCCAACUUGCCUUUGAAACCCUCGCCCUCGUCGCAAAGAGUCUGAGCAUGCUUGAAGCCGGUGAUCUCUGCGUGCUGGGCUUCGGUAACGAAGACCACGUCCGCGUUGCGCACGAGUUCGGCAAGCCGUUCUCCUCCGAGGCCGGUAUGCAGGUCUUCCAGCAUUUCAGCUACCAGCAAACCGGUACAAAUGUGCGCAAGUUGAUUGCGGAUUCGAUCGCGCUCUUCCGCGAGGCUCGCUGGAAGCGUUCUCCCGGCUCAGGCUCUGCCGAUCUGUGGCAGCUCCAGCUUAUUAUCUCUGAUGGUAUUUGUGAAGAUCACGAUACGAUUCGCCGGCUGGUGCGUCAGGCUCUUGAGGAGCGUAUUAUGAUUGUCUUUAUCAUUGUCGAUGCUGUCAAGGGUAGCUCUAUUCUUGAUCUCUCGCAGGCUAGCUUCGAGGCCGACCCUGAUUCUGGCGGUGAGAUGAAGCUGCGCAUGAAGCGGUAUCUUGAGGGUUUCCCCUUCCCUUAUUACUUGGUUGUGAGGGAUGUGCGUGAAUUGCCUUCUGUUUUGGCGACUGCGUUGAAGCAGUGGUUUGCCGAGGUUGUGGAUGUAUCUUCAUGA